GACAGGCGCCGUUCUUGUCCUGGUAGGAUCUGAUCUGAACUGGUCUAGUCCGGGGCUGGGAGUAGCUGAGCUUCAUAACCGUGCCAUCGCACCGUCUACACACAGCUGUCAUUCAGACAGCAAGUCUGUUGUGUGGGGUUUGUUGUGUUCGCAUUUUGGCACGGGUUAUAAAACCUCGGUAAUGUUUUCGUUCUGUGGCAGGCUGGCUUUCACGCAAAGAUUCAGCUAGAUAGCUGUCAGGCUUGCUAGUGUAAAUUAUUUCUCACACCAACAUAGCUAUUCAGCUAAUUUAGGGGAAAAUGAAUACUUAUUACGUUAACAAAAUUGAUUGAUUCCUUGCAAAUAAAUAGCUAGUUAACUAAUGACCUUAAGUGAUUGUUCAAUUAGCCCAUUUAUGAGUUAAAAACGCUGAGUAGCGAGCCAUUAUCUGAUCGGGAGUCUACAGUUCGGCACGUUUCUGCAAUUAGCCAUAUAGCUAGCCAAGUCCAAAAAUGGACUUUCGUGGUAAAAAGUACGAACGGGGCAGCAACUGGUCGGACCCGGAGGUCAUAGAGCUGCUACAGCUCUGGGCAGAUGAAUCUGUCCAAAUUGAGCUGGAGAGUUGUCUUAGAAAUCAGCACGUUUUCAAUCGGAUUGCUGAGGUUUUGCGGGAGAAGGGAAUCCUCCGCACCGGAGACCAAUGUCGGGAGAAAAUUAAGAAAAUGAAACUGGAAUACCGGCGCAUCAAGGACAAUCAAAAGACCGUGCGAGGGGGGCGGACAUGGAAGUUUUAUGAAGUCAUGGACCAAGUCCUGACUAAUCGGCCGUCCACAUCGUACUCCUCCAUGGGGGGUACUGUCGUAGCCCAUCAAAUCCUUCAAGGCGCCACUAGUUCAGAUGGAUACCACCUGCACAACACGACAGGACCCGCUGUCGGAACCUCUGCUUCGGGUGCCCUGGUGUUCGGACAUCCUCCCAAGCCUGUUGAUCUGCUGCAGAUCAAACGCGAGGACGUGGACUCUAAUGACGGUCUGCUUAACUCCGACCCGCCGCCACCAGAGCUGUUAUAUCAGAUGAGCUCUGUAGACGAGCCAGACGCCGACAGUAAAUCUCUCGGGCUCGACCAAGAAGACUCUGUAGAGAUGGGGCGUGGAGAAGCAGUAGCAAAUUCUGGGUUCUCCCCCUCAGGUUUCAGUGAUCAGAACAUGGCCAGCUCCUCUGGGACUGGGGGGUCGACAGCCGCAGCCCCCACAGGAGGCAGCGGGGAGGUGGGUGAGGGACAUGAGGGGAAUGGCCAGAAGACACCUGGCUUCAUACAGCAGCGGAAGCGUCGGAAAGCAGGGCGUGGGGGCGGGGGUGAGGGACGCGGCAGGGCGGCAGUGGAUGAGGUGCUGGUGCGGUUCCUGAGCUGGCAGCACGCAGCUGAGGAGCGGUUCCUCUCCCUGGAGGAGGCACGGCUGGAGCGGGAGGUGGAGGCUGAGCAGCGCUGGGAGCGGAGGGCGGAGCAGGACCGUCAGCAUGAGCUCCGCCUCUUCACUGUCUUUGCUAGUGCCCUUGCAGGGAUGAGACCUGGCACUGCUCCCAACCCACCAGCGCCGCCCGUCCACGCUCAAGAUCCAGCCCAGCCCCAACACAUGGACACACCCACCUGUGGCUCUGAAAGACCCCAGAUCAGCACCAGCCUGUCAUCUCGUGGGAGGCGGAUCAGGCAGCACAAGGGCAUCCUCCAGGAGGGCUUCAACCUGUACCAUGCAGACAAGCACGACAUCAACAGAAACCCCAAUGGGAUCAUCAAUCUUGGAACCAGUGAGAACAAGCUUUCAUAUGACCUUCUUUCUAAACGGCUCACCCAGAUGGACAUGCUCCAUGUGGACCCUGCCCUCCUGGAAUACCCUGACUGGAAGGGACAUGCCUUCCUCAGAGAGGAAGUUGCUAGUUUCCUGUCUCACUAUUGCAAGUCCCCCAACCCGCUGAAAGCCAAGAAUGUCGUGGUGAUGAAUGGCUGUGGGUCACUUUUCUCAGCCAUUGCUGCAGUGAUCUGUGACCCCGAUGAUGCAAUUCUUAUUCCAACCCCAUUCUAUGGGGUGAUCAAGGAGGAUGUGGAGUUUUACAGUGGAGUGAAGCUGGUCCAUGCACACCUAGACUGUCAGCCCAGUGAGGGUGAUGACCAGCCCUUUCAUUUGACUGUGGAGAAACUGGAGAAGUCUCUACAGCAGGCCAAGGCUGAGGGUGUGAGGGUCAGGGCGGUCAUCCUGGUCAACCCUCACAAUCCAUUAGGAGACAUCUACCCUGCUGAGGAGAUGACUGCCUUCCUGGAGUUCGCCAAGCAGCAUGAGCUGCAUGCUAUUGUAGACGAGGUGUACAUGCUGACAGUGUUUGAUGAGUCGGCGGUGUUCCGCAGCGUCCUCAGCUUCAGCAGGUUGCCGGAUCCCCAGCGGACACAUGUGCUGUGGGGCAUCAGUAAGGACUUUGCAGCGGCAGGGCUGCGCCUGGGCACUGUCUACUCUGAAAAUCAAGACUUUGUAGCUGCACUGGACCAACUGGGCAACUUCCACGGCAUUUCCGGCACCACCCAACACCAGGUGGCGUGCCUGCUCCGAGACAGGGACUGGAUCAGCAGGAAGUUUUUGCCCCAAAACCGGGCCAGGCUGCAGGCUGCUCACCGUUACGUCACCGUUGAGUUGCAGAGCCUGGGCAUUCCCUACCUGCACCGGUCUGCGGGCUUCUUUGUCUGGGCGGACUUCAGGAAGGUCCUACGGGAACCAAGUUUCCAGGAAGAGCAUGCCCUGUGGAGGUGCUUCCUGAAACACAAGGUUCUGCUGAGCUGUGGCCAGGCCUUCUCCUGCACCACACCUGGGUGGUUUCGUGUUGUCUUCACUGACCAUGAGCAACGCCUGAAACUCGGCAUGCAGAGAAUCCAGAAGGCCUUGGAGGAGCUAGGGCAGGUGCUCAAACGGGUGGACCCAGAGCACAUCAAUAUGGUGAGGGAAGACACAGACAUGAUGGAGAACGGAGACAGCUGGGCAGAUAAAACCAGAGAUGUAAAGGACCCAGUCAAAACCAAACAGCCUGAUGAAAAUGGGGGCCAAGACAGCCCUGGCCUGGAUUCGACCUCUUUGAGUGGUGAGGAUUUCAUCAUGGUGGACUACCAAACAUCUAAACCCACAACGGGCUGGAACCUGGACUCUCUGAUUGGUGCUCUGCGGCAACAAAUCCGCUCCUCUGAUUGGCUGGAGAAGAACACUCCAGAACUGAUGGCAGGGGAGGAUCCGGAGUGCUUUGAAGUGUUCAAAGAUCUGCUGCAACGAGCCAGGAAAUAGAAUGUGAAUUAAUUAUCCAGGAGGUCUUCAAUGCAGAGAAAUGCCAUUUCUUUGGUUGUGUUCUGAUUUCAGGUUCCUGAUUCAGAAACACAAGGGUGUAAGAUCAGCCUUUGAAUCAGCAGCACCUUAAUUUCAUUUUUGCCUUUAUAGCUUAAGAAAUACUUUAUAUUUGUUGUAUUGUCAUUUAUUUUUGUUAAUUGUAACGGAUCAAGCACAACGUGAUCUCAGUUGAGGUUGAAGGUUGAGGGUAUUCCACAACACCAGCUAUUUUACUUUUAAAUGUGUAUUGACCUCAAAGAGCAAGUUAAGCUGAGUUUCAGAAAUCCAAAACUCUUCCGAUGAAAGCCUCUUCCAGAUAUGACCUGAUCAAAAUGAAAGAAUUAGCUGUUAACGUUUCAGUAUUGAUGGCCUUACUGCUAGAAUUAUUGCUGGGCCAACUGCAUGGUCAUUAACUCAUGAUAUGGAGUGUGACAACCUUCAGUUGUUCAGAACUAAUUUUCAUAUAGAAUACAUCUUGCUUUUAUGGGCUGUAUUUGUUUCAGCAGGCUUUGGAAUCCACUUCCUCCUUGUGAAUAAAUUCUUCCUUAACAACAAAAGGGAGCCCCACUACAACAGGUAUUUGUUACCAUUAUUUAUCAUAAGGGGGCCUGUUUGAGUAUCACAGAAUAAGAUGAACAUAAUGUGUACUUCCAGCAUAACUGUACUUUGCCUUAAAAUGUCAUGUCAAAAAUAUGCAUCUCUUUUGUAUUACCUUUUGUAAUUUUCUUGAUUUACUAUCAUGGGUCACCAUGGAGUACAUGUAAAAUGUAUGUAGCUUGCUUAACUGCCCCCAUGCCCUGUAAGUAGUCCAGUCAGAGAACUUAUGAUACUGUUAUCCUCUUUUUCAUUUACAUUUGGAUUGACUAUGUAUUCUUCGUUGUAUAAAAUGUCUUCUCUCUUUUCGGUUGAAGAAAAUGACUUAGUAUAUAAAGGCUUAAUAUAUUUAAGAUGGAAAAUAAAGAUGUGCUACACCCUUA